GGAUAUUUUUGGUAAUUUUUGGGGAUUUUUUGGGGGACUUUUUUGGGAUGCAGAGGAGCAGCUGAGCACCACCAGAUGGGCACACGUGGAUAACCUGUGACUGGGAUCUGCCCUCCACCUCUGCCCCACCGUGCAGCAGCAUGGUGCAGAUGUCCUUGCAGCACUGCACUUCCAGCUGCUCCACUGCACAGCCACCACCCCCUCCACUGCCGUCACAGCCUUGUGGCUCUGCCACUGCGCCAGGGACUCCAGCCCCAGCCUAAACCACGGGGAUUCCAGCAGGGUCAGCAGGCGCCUCAGCACAGUGACAUGACACACCUGCAGUGACAUGGCUGUGGACCGCUCUCCUCCAGCCGCUUCUCUGUCACCUCUGAGAGCGCCCGUGGCCGCAGCAGUGCUGGCAGCCUUUGCAGCAGCCACCUGCCAUUCCAGCCAGACACCAACGGCGCAGCCAUGAACACAAAGGUCUUCUCCAGGGCCCGAGCAGCCUGAGGGCACACAGCCCACGGGAGAGCUCCAGGCAGCCAGCAGUGCUCAGCAGGUUCAGCUCAGCCACAGCGGAGCAAUCGGGGGGCUCCGGUUCCUCCCGCAGCAGCUGGAAGAAAUGCCGUGUGGCCAGCAGGACUGUCUUCUGGCUACUGGGAAGGGUCCCUCUGCCAUGGCUCUCCUGGUAGAUUUGGACCAGGACAUGUCGGUAGUGAGUCAGUGUGGGGACCAGGAGGACGCCAAGGUGUUGCAGGAGAUCUCCAAAGGCAGCCACGUGCGGGUGAGGCGUGAGGGUGUAGGGGUAAAAGUCAGCCUCGUCCAGGAGGGAUGUCGCCACAGCCGGCCCAGGGGACACAUCAGCUGCUCUGCAAAGGCUUCAGUGCCCGGCUCCAGCCCCUCUGCGGCUGGAGGCCACGGAGGGGACGGGGAGGCUGCCCCGGGGACGGAGAGGCUGAUCCGGGCACGGAGAGGCUGAUCCAGGCACGGAGAGGCUGAUCCGGGCACGGAGAGGCUGAUCCAGGCACGGAGCAGCCGCCCCGGGCACAGAGAAGCCGCCCCGGGCACGGAGCGCCGCUCUCCGCCGGGGGCGGGCCCGGUGCCGAGGCCAGGCCGCCGCCGGAAGGGGGGUUCGGUUCCGGGCCGCGCGGCGUCAUGGAGUCACUGUGGCGGCUGAAGCGCUUCGACGCUUUUCCUAAGACCCUGGAAGAUUUUCGGGUCAAGACUUGCGGAGGAGCCCUGGUGACGGCUGUUAGCGGGCUCAUCAUGGUGCUGCUUUUCUUCUCGGAGCUGCAGUACUACCUGACCAAGGAGGUUCAUCCAGAGUUGUACGUUGACAAAUCAAGGGGAGAUAAACUGAAGAUCAAUCUAGAUGUUAUUUUCCCACAUAUGCCUUGUGCUUAUUUGAGCAUUGAUGCAAUGGAUGUAGCAGGAGAGCAGCAACUGGAUGUAGAGCACAAUCUGUUUAAACAACGUUUGGAUAAAGCUGGCAACCGUGUAACUCCAGAGGCUGAGAGACAUGAGCUGGGAAAAGAAGAAGAAAAAGUGUUUGAUCCAAAUUCUUUGGAUGCCGAUCGCUGCGAGAGCUGUUACGGGGCAGAGUCAGAGGACAUUCGGUGCUGUAAUACUUGUGAUGAUGUCAGAGAAGCAUACAGGCGGCGAGGCUGGGCCUUCAAGAACCCAGACAGCAUAGAGCAGUGCAAGAGGGAAGGGUUUAGCCAGAAGAUGCAAGAGCAGAAGAAUGAGGGCUGCCAAGUGUAUGGUUUCCUAGAGGUCAACAAGGUAGCUGGAAAUUUUCACUUUGCACCAGGAAAAAGUUUUCAACAGUCUCAUGUACAUGUUCAUGAUCUGCAGAGCUUCGGACUUGAUAACAUCAAUAUGACACACUAUAUCAAACAUCUCUCAUUUGGAAGGGAUUAUCCAGGCAUUGUGAACCCCCUGGAUGGGACAGCCAUCACUGCACAGCAAGCUUCCAUGAUGUUUCAAUAUUUUGUCAAAGUGGUCCCCACUGUGUAUAGGAAAGUGGAUGGUGAAGUGGUGAGAACUAACCAGUUCUCAGUUACACGCCAUGAGAAAAUAGCAAAUGGUCUGCUGGGAGACCAGGGUCUGCCUGGUGUCUUUGUGCUCUAUGAGCUUUCACCCAUGAUGGUGAAGCUGACAGAGAAACACAGGUCCUUUACUCACUUUCUCACUGGAGUUUGUGCCAUUGUUGGAGGCAUAUUUACAGUUGCAGGUUUCAUUGACUCCUUGAUCUAUCAUUCAGCACGUGCCAUCCAGAAGAAAAUUGAACUUGGGAAGACAACAUAAAUAAACAAUGGCAUCAACCCAUUUAAAGACAAACAAACAAAAACAAAACAAAAAAGCAGCAGAAAAAAAAAAAAAGCCGAACUCAAGCCUCCAAGGAGAACUAAACAGGCUCUUUGAAACACAAGUGAUCUUCUGAGAGUGCACAGGAGAAAUUUCCAGAUGGCCCUAAUUACUCAUCUGUUACUGUGCCCUCAUUCUUUAGCCUUAGUUUGUGGAUGGAACACCUUGAACCUUGCUGCUAUAAAGAUUAGCUGUCAUACCUGGCUCUGCAGGCCCUCGUGUCAAACUCCUUUUGUGUCAGUCCAUGGUCCUCCAGCUCUGUUCCCUGCCCAGCAGUGGUGCUGCAGAUGCUGCAUUCUGGUCUUGCCUCUAGGAAUAAUGGACUUUAUUGUCAAGAGACCUGUAAUAGACUGAAGGUGCCAUCAACUUUCUAGCAACACCACCAGGAAUUUUAAAUUUUUCUUUAAAAUGUGUCUGGGUGUGCUGAUGCUGUAUGUCAGACCUCUGUGAAAAUGUGCUGAAUCCCAUCUGUUGCCAUCCAGCCAUCCUGGGCUGCAUGGGCACCCGAAGAAUUUGAGAUGUGCUUUCUGUGCUGGGGGACCUUCCAAUUGUUCUUCUUGUGAAAGAUGCAGGUUGAUGUUUCAG